GCACCAGACUGGGCAACCUCCGACCACCCAGGCGCUGCUUCUAUGGCGGUCACCAUCAAGUACGUCACGACGGAGGUGAACAACAGUACAAAGUGCGGCAUCUUCUUCAUGGAAGUGGGCAUCUACGACGCGGGCGUCACGACGUCGAUGCCGACAUCUAGUUCGCAGCACGACAUCGCCAGCAAGCGCGCCCAAGUUCCUGCCAAAGUACACGCGCAGGUUUACGAGGAUCACAACGACGAGGGCCAGACCAACAUCAAGAUUGGCGAUGUCAACGACGCUGCGAAGCACUUCAUCCAGCGCCACGCGCAGAGGCUGCUCAGGUUCCACAAG